AUGAGAAAAAAGCCAAAAUUGGAAGACUGCGCGUACGACAAUCGAUCCAGCGAAAAAUCGCUCAACACGGACAGGCAACUAAGACCCAAUAGGUCUUACUGCUACAACUACUACAAAACUAAUAAAAGUAGCAGACACAAACAGGUAACUUUCAACAAAGUACCCGCUAGCAGCAAGCAGGCCACCAACCACAAUUCAAACGAAGAUGACACCGAUGAUUAUUGUGACAAUGAUUAUGAAAAUUUUUGGCAGGAGUCGGAUGAUGAAUCCAUCAAGUCUGAAUAUUCUGAGAAACUUUCUUCUGUAGCAGAAGAGUAUGACCACCAAAAGAGAAAAAGCAACCUGAGAAAAACUCACAUCUAUGUGUUCGAAGAACGAUCAAAUAAUUCUAAGUUGAAACUGCCCCCAAGUUCCACUGAUUUGGUUCUGGACAAGAGAUACAUAAUGCAGGCAUUAGGAAUAUAUGAGGUGCUGAAUCAGUAUUCAGUUAUAUUACGUCUGACUAUUUUCACCUUUGAAAAUUUUUCUGCUGCUUUGCUUGAAAAUGAUAACUCAAAGUUGCUAUGUGAAUGCCACAUAAAUCUGCUAAAAUGCAUUUUGAGAGUAGAUGAGGCAAACACAUUAUACUCCUAUAAGGACAGCAAAGAUAGUGUCUCGAUAUCAUAUUGUUGUAUGGAUGAACUAACGUGGUUUGAAGCAGUUGGUAUGUAUUUUCAAAGCAUUGCUCGUAAUUUAUCAUCAGAGGUUGUUAACAGAUUGAAUGGCAUGUUUGCCAAACAGCUGUAUACUAAUCUAGUUGUAGAAGAUCGCCUGUUUCUGUUGAUUCAGUUAGUUGAAUUAUUUCUGAUGACAAAUGUGGCCAGGGAUGUGCUGUUCAAGGAAGAGGAAGUCAAACAUGAAGAACAUUGUAGAUAUUGUCACAAGCGUGGAAAUUUGUUGUGCUGUGAGUCGUGUCCGGCGAUGUACCACCUGACCUGUAUUGAUCCACCACUGGAUAACGCCCCAUCUGGUGACUGGUUCUGUGUGGCAUGCUCCAAAACCAAGAUCAUAGAAGCAGAAAUGAUGAAUUCUUCUUCAGUUACAGCAGCAGCAACGACAACAUUUUCAUUACCUGCUACAACCUCCACAACGACGACACCAUUUACUUCAUCACCUGCUACUCCAACAAGCAGCAAGUCCAGCAUCAAUUGUUUGAGUUUGGGGAGGAGAGAGCCACUUGGGCAUGAUAGGCAUGGCAGGAUGUACUGCUCAGAUGAGACAUCACUAGUGGCAUACUACUCAACAGAGCCACAACUCGAGGAAUUGUUGAUGUGCCUGGAUGGCAAAAGAUGGGAAUACAAUCUUGUUAAUGCAAUCAAAGACAUUAAAAGUGAUAUCAUUAAUGACAUGAAUAUAAUUCUUGCAUUAACUUCCAAGUACAGGAGUGGACAGAAAUCUUCCAUAUCGUAUGAUCGUGGACAGGAAGGUAGCUACAAAUCCUAUGUAAAUGUUUACACUGAUGAAAUCCUUGCUCUCAGCAAGCAGCAGCAAGUGGAAGAACGAGAGAAGAGACGACAUCUCUCCUACAAAUUCUCACUGACCACUGUAGCUGAGUUUACAUGGGUGGAUUCCAAACAUUCAUCAUCUAGUGAUGUCAAGCCAGGCAGAGUCUAUGGAACUGUUUCAGACAUAGUUGACAUAUUGAGGAGGACUAUCAUACAUUUGGAAGACAUCAUACCAAAAUGUUUUCUACAUAGCAACUGGUACUUACACAGAGAUCGCUGGUUGAAGGCCAUGAACAUGUGUCAGACGACGAGGGAGUUCAGUCUGGCACUGAUGAUCCUGGAGGCAUGCAUCAAGCCAAUGCUCUUUAACUCUGUGUGGAGCAAGGCUCAAGGUCACACGUGUCUCUUUAGGACGACGCAACAAGAGAGAGAUGAUGAGAAGAAGAGAGAGCUUGAUGUGAGAGUGAGUUUGAAGGAGGAAAUGAAUUAUUGUCUGGCCAUGAAAGUUGUCAAGUAUUCACUGGGACUUAACCAUCAGGUCUGGAAGCAGAAGGGUGAAGAGUACAGGAUAACAGGCAAACAAGCUUGGAUGUGGGUUGCACCUACCAGACUGACAAAAAGACCCCUGCUGAAAAAACGAUCAACAUUGCUGACAGAUGGCAGCACCCAAAAAAUUAACGUUAAUGAUGUUGAUAUUACACAAACAGUUAUAGUUCCAAUGGAGACACCAUCCUACUUCUCAUCAUCUCCAGCGACGACAUCGUCUGAUGAUGGCGUUUUUGAUGUUUCUCAAUGGCUCAACACCAGGUCUUCAUCAUCGUUGUUGUCGUCAACAUCGUCAUCUUCGUCGUUAUCGUCAUCCUCUCGAAAGCCUCUAUCUUUUUUACAUAGCCUCCUAAAUGAAAGAAUAAAAUUUGAUGAACGACUGAAUGAAUUAAAGGAGAAAGUUGCAUUAAAAUUGAAAGAGCAUCAGAGAGAUGAUGAGAAUGAUACUGCUGGUCAUCUUGAUGAUGAUAACGGAGGGAAUGGUGGGAAGGAAAAAGUGAAACACGUGAAUGAAUUCUUCAAAAAAUUUGAACAAUUUAUGAAGUUGUGUGACAAAGUUAAUUGCAAUCAAUCAAAAUCCACCUCACUUAACGUUCAUCCAACAGCAGCCACGGCCACCACAUCAACCACAACAGCAGCUACAACCACUACAUCAACCACCACAACAGCAGCUGCAGUUAUUUCCGCAUUUGAAUCUCAGAGAGAAGUGUGUAGAAAAAUUUUGAAGCAGCUUAAUACAACAUCAGAUUUCACUCCCCUUGUCAUAAACCUUAAAAAAUUAUCAAACAGCAUCUGCUUCACUCGACUGAAAUCAAGUUUAAAUGGUGGCCUGCCAAAAGCUCACAACUUUGAGAUAGUCAGACGCAAAAAUGCAUUAAGUUUAUAUGUUAUUGAACUUCCUAAGCUCAAAAAGUUGUCAAGAAAGGCAGGUUUCGUUGAAACCCCUGGCUACAUUUACAACGGUUAUGGAAAUUUUUGCUCGUACACAUCCCAGUUCUCCAACAAUCAAAGUAAUUCAUAUCAACUGAACAGCUGCCCUCGACCUUGUUUCCAGACUGCGUGGAGGUACAGAACUCGAACGGCCAAGAACCUUUCAACAAUUUGCUUGCAGCUGAAAAUAUUGUGGGUUUGCAUUAAGUGGGACGACCUCUACUCAACUUAUCCAACUAACGGCCUACUCGUUUACGAUGAGACCAACGAAAAUGGCUUGAGUGACGUCACGGUGACGUGCGAAAUGAUCAAAAGAAGAAUUUUAACCUCAAAAUUUGAUCCUGUAAAUUAUAAGAUCGAGUAUCUCGUGCAGAAGACGGUAACUCCGAAAGAUUCACCUGUAUCAGCCGCUCCUACGUUGCCUGCUUCAACACCAGGCAAGCUUUUGUUCCUUUUUGAAUCAUCAUAUCUAUCCACUAUAUACCAUAUCAUGCCAUCUCAUAUUAAAAUGUUAUUUGUCACUUCUUUGUUGCCAUGCAAAAGAUCAACUCAGAGGACAGGCCUGAGAGAGCGCAAGGUUCUGGAGGCAGUGACCAGUAAGAAGUGGGUGGAAGAGGAUCAGCUGGAACUCUGGCAGAUCAGAUACUUCAAUGAGAUGUGGGACAGGCAGCUGAAGUCCCAGGCGGCUGGUGGUGGUGGUGAUAAAAAGAUGUCUAAAGUUCCACUUGCAUCAUCACCGUCGUCGUCGUCGUUUCCAUCGCCAUAUCGCACGCCAUCGUCUACUUUGAGAGUUCAAAAGGCUUUAAAAUUGUUAACUUCCAGCGUUUCAACUGAAACAAAAUCUCCCGCCAUUUCUUCCACCACCUUCAACACCAUCAACAACAAAAACGACAGCCGCAACCUCAACCGUCUCCCAACGACGUCAAAAGGAAACAGUAUUAAUGCCAGUAAGGACGACAAAGGUAAGAGGAACAAUGGUCCUCUGUGUAGUAACAUUGAAGAUGAGUUACUGAGAAAGAGGGUGGAGAUGCAACAACGACGGCUUAACACCAACGUUAACAAGGUCCAAAGCAGUUCAUUAAACGAGGUAAACGCUAGCAGCAGCAGCAAUAGCAGUAGCGACAACAGCAGCAGCACCAGCAACGACAACAGCAAUACUAGCCACAACAUCAUAAAACCAAAUUUAGUUAUAAAGAAUAACAACAUCAACAUUCCGGAAUUUUCACUGAGUGAUCUCAUCAAAAACAUUAACAUCAUAAAAAAUCCUGAUGGCAAGAUUGAUCUCGUUGGCUUGCAAGAGGGUCAGGAAAUAAUUCGCAUGCCAGAUGGGAAGAUAAAGGUCAAGUUCACUCAAUCCUUUCCCAUCCUCACACAUCACGCUGCGGGUAGUCACAACAACAACAACACUUGCAACACUAAUGUAGAUAGCAAUAAAACAAAUCCAUUUAAUGACGUUCACAAUUCGAACUGCAGUACCAACGGUAAACUAUGUGAUCAGUCUGCUGUCAACACUAACACUAACAACACCAUGAAAGAUUUAGGUUCAUUACAAAACGCUGAGAACAUAUCAACUGACAAACAACAAUAUCAGCAACAGUCUUGUGAUUUAAAAUCUUCUGAUAAAACCAACACAUCAUUGAAAUCAUCACCAUCAAAAGCAUCAUCACCCCUAUGUGGCUCGCAAUCGUCUGCUAACAACAACACAGCAAGAACUACUACUUCUUCGCUGGAAGUGACAACAGUAGCAGUAGUUGCUACAGCCUCUGUUGCUACUGUUGCUAGCAGCGGUGUGGUGGGUUGUGAAACUGCUGCCAAUGAGUCUAAGCGAUCUAUCAAGAAAAGAAAAUUUUUCAAGUCUAAUUACAACCAGUCUGGUGAUACUACUACUACUACUACCGUUGCUGUUACUACUAUUACUACUACUACCAAUAAUAAUAAUAUGGGCGUUAAAAAUGCCCUUUACACAAAUACUAACACUACUACAGCUGCGACUACUGAUGCUACUACCUUUACUGCUAUUACUACAUCGGCUAGUUUUAGCGCUACUACUACUACUACUAAUAAUAAUAACAACGUAAAUUCCAUGAAUGAUGGAAAUAAUAAUAAUAAUAAUAAUAGCAUUAUUGCAGACAACACUAUUUCUCGUUCGAAAGUUGGACCGAAUAGCAUGGAUGAAAUGGUGAAGUUCAAAAAUCAGAAAUCGUCCAAAAAUAAUAAUAAUAAUAAUAAUAAUUUAAAUAAUAAUAAUAAUAAUACUUUUAAAGGCAAUGAUAAUGCUAAUAUCAAUAAUGAUUAUAGUAGCAACAGUAGAAUUAGUGGUGAUAAUGAUAUUAAUAUUUGUAAUUAUUCAUUUGAUAGUGAUGACAAUAAUAAUAAUAAUAAUAAUAAUAAUAGUAUUGAUUGUAGAAAUGAUAUUAAUCAUCAUCAUCAUAAUCGUCAUGAUCCUGAUAAUAAUAACAACUUCAAUAGUAGUAGUAGUAAUAAUAAUAAUAAUAAUAAUAAUAAUAGAGAUGAUGAUAAUGAUGAUCAGAGGAGUAAACAGGCCUCGAAGAUUCUGACGGGCUUGAAGAAUAUUUUUAAAAAUAAUAAAAUACGAAUCAACAGCAACAACAACAAUAGUAUUAAUAAUAAUGAUAAUAUUAAUGUUAAUAGUACUAUGACUACUACUACUACUAAUAAUAAUAAUAAUAAUAAUAAUAAUAAUAAUAGUGGUAGUAAUGAUGAUGAUGAUGGUAAUGAUAAUUCCGACCACCUACUAAAUCAUAGCAAUGGUGAAUAUGAAAAUAUAAUUAACGAUAAAGAUUAUGAUGGUGAUGAUAAUAGUAAUAAUAAUAAUAAUAAUGAAGAUAUUAAUAAUAAUAAUGAUAAUAAUGAUUGUGAAUUAGGUAACAGUCGAGAGGACGAUUUUGUAUGUAAGCCACUAAAUCAAAAUCUGUCGACGUCACCUUUUCAUAAUAAUAAUAAUAAUAAUAAUAAUAAUAAUAAUAAUAAUAAUAAUAAUAAUGAUAACAAUAAUAUUAAUAAUAACAAUAAUAACAAUAAUAACAGUAAUAACAAUAAUAAGAUAAAUAACAAUAAUGCCUGUAUUAGUAAUGAAAUCCUUUACAAUGCGAACGGUGAUCUUCAAAAUGAUUGCAACAAUUGUCCUCCUAGCGGUGCGGCUUGUUGCUGCAAUGUCAACAACGAUGAUAAUGACGUCAUUAAUAAUAGUAAUAAUAAUGAUGGUGGUUAUAGCAAUAAUGGUAAUAAUAAUAAUAAUAAUGAUCAUUUGUCACCAUUAUCAUCAUCGCCAGCUACAAAGACAGCGGCAGCACAGCUUAUUCCAGUGGGCGAGUUUUCUAAUGAGAAAAUAGUUGCCAAAGAACUGUUCAGAACUUAUAAUAAUGAGGAUGAUGAUGAUGAUGAUGAUGAUGAUGAUGAUGAUGACGACGAUAAUGAGGAUGAUGAUGAUGAUGGUAGUGAUAAAAAAGGUGAUAAAAAAGGUGAUGGUGAUGAAGAGGAGGAAGAUGCACGAAAGUUGCUUUUUGAUGGCAAGCACAUUUCUGGACAGGCUGGCAUCAAUAUCAACAACAUCAGCAACGAUAACAAUCGCAACGAUUUCAUCAACAACAAAAUCAAUGAUGACAACAAUGAAGUUGAUGACAACAAUAAAGUUGAUGACGUCAGUGUCUCUAAAGACGCCAUUACCAAAGAUCCUAAAUGUAGAAAACGUAAGUCUUCGAGAUUGCAGUUGAUGGGAGAAAGUACUGAUAAAAGAAGAAAGGCUAAUGAUAAAGUUGCUAAUGAUAAUAAUUCACCAUCCAACAAUGCUAGCCCUCGUGCUAGACAUGGUAUGAAAAAUAGUAACAACAACAACAACAAUAAUAAUAAUAAUAAUGACGUCAUAAAUUUUGUUGAUAAUGUAAAUGACAUCGUUGCUGCUGAUGGUGAUGUAGAGCUGCAUUGCGUUUGCAGGACACCGUAUGAUCCUACUCAAUUCUACGUUGGAUGCAACCAUUGCGCCGGCUGGUUCCACGGGACUUGUGUGUCCCUGACAGUUGAGGAUGCUUCGAGAAUUGAAUGCUUCAUCUGCCAGAACUGCCAGUCAUCAAGCAACAACAGCUGCAGUAGCAACCAGUCAGAUAGUGAACAACUUCACUGUCUGUGUAGAACUCCUUAUGAUGAAACCAGAUUCUAUAUAGGUUGUGAUGUUUGUCUUGGAUGGUUCCAUGUGGAGUGUGUGGGGCUGCCAGCAUUAGAAGCUACCAAGUUAAAUUCAUUUAAAUGUCCCUCCUGUUUCAAGUACAUAGAGAGCAAAUUGCUGAUUGAUGGAUACAGAAAUGUUGAAGAGUUCGAAGAUGACUUUAACCUCUUUUUCGGUGAUUUGCGUUACCAGAGCCUGAGGCAGUCGCAAGAGUACAAAGAUGCCAGCAGAUUGGAGAGUCUCUUCCAUUAUAAGAUGCAGAAGAUCGUCAAGAAAUGUUUCUGA